CUUCACUCUCUUUCUCUUUCUCUCCAAAUGAUAAGGAAAGAGGACAAACUAUAUGUGGGCUACUUGGAUCCACUCAAUUGCAACUUCAAACAUGUGCUCUAUGUUAAAAGAGAAGCUUGUAAGCCAAUGACCCUUUUGAAGUUUUCCCAAGCUUCCUUCUUUACCCACUUGCCUUGAAUGCCUAUCUUCUUGCCGUUGUUUUGUCUAUUAGAGAUUGAGCAGAUUUUCCAACUGGGUUUUUGUUGUUCAAGUGGUUUCUGGUGAUUUUGGUUGCUGGGUCGUUGCUUUAGGAUGAUGUCAAUGACAUGCCACAAUCUUGAUUUCGGAAGGACUGUGUUGGAUUUGGUUGCUUGCGGGUGUUCUUCCAGUGCUUCUUUCGACAGGUAUUCAGUAAGAAAUUGCAAAAAGGCAAAUUCUAAGGGAUUUAAUGGAGGUUAUGGGGCUCACAAACUGGUUAGUAGUCAAAGGGGCCGAAGUCGUUGUAAAGUUUCUUCAAUGAAAACAGCUGAGACUCUGUUUAAUGAUAAAAAACAUGUUGUUGCUGAAAGUCCUCCACCAGUAUUGAAUGUGGAGCCAAGUAGUCCCAUCUCUUUGACAAAUUUGUUUGAAGUGGUUUCUGAUGACCUCCAGACUUUGAACCGUAAUUUAAAGAUGGUUGUUGGUGCAGAUAACCCAGUUUUGAUGUCUGCUGCUGAGCAGAUAUUUGGUGCUGGCGGGAAGAGGAUGCGACCAGCAUUAGUGUUUCUAGUAUCUAGGGCAACAGCAGAACUAGUUGGGUUAAAGGAACUUACAAAAGAGCAUAGGCGUUUAGCAGAAAUUAUUGAAAUGAUCCAUACUGCAAGCUUGAUACAUGAUGAUGUAUUGGAUGACAGUGAUAUGCGACGAGGGAAGGAAACUGUUCAUCAAUUAUAUGGUACAAGAGUGGCAGUGCUUGCUGGAGACUUCAUGUUUGCACAGUCAUCUUGGUAUCUAGCAAAUCUUGAAAACCUUGAAGUCAUUAAGCUCAUCAGCCAAGUCAUCAAAGAUUUUGCAAGUGGUGAAAUAAAGCAAGCUUCUAGCUUGUUUGAUUGCGACCUUGAACUUGAAGAGUACUUGAUCAAGAGCUACUACAAAACAGCAUCCUUAAUUGCUGCUAGCACAAAAGGAGCUGCAAUUUUUAGUGGGGUUGACAGCUUUAUAGCCAAGAAGAUGUAUGAAUAUGGCAGGAAUCUUGGUCUGUCCUUCCAAGUUGUUGAUGACAUAUUGGAUUUUACGCAAUCAGCGGAGCAGCUGGGGAAGCCAGCUGGAAGUGACCUGGCCAAAGGAAACUUGACUGCCCCAGUAAUUUUCGCUCUCAAGACAGAGCCAAAACUAAGAGAUAUCAUUGAAUCCGAGUUCAGUGAGACUGGUUCCCUAGAAGAAGCCAUUGAGUUGGUCAAAAGUUGUGGAGGCAUUGAGAAAGCACAGGAAUUGGCAAAAGAGAAAGCUGAUCUUGCAAUCCAAAAUCUGCAAUCUCUUCCUCAGAGUGCCUUUCGAAAAGCUCUUGAAGACAUAGUGAUGUUUAAUCUUGAAAGGAUCGAUUAGCGAGAUGUGUCAAAUUUAAACCCCAGAAUUUGGCUUGAAAAGCCAUAAGGACAAAGAUUUACUCGACCACAAGGAAGAAAGUUUUAGAUUAAAGCCUCCAGCAGUACGGGUACUUUCUACACGAGUGUUCUUGGCAAUGACAAGCUGCUUGUGACUGGUCUUACAUUUAUAGAAGGUUUUGAGCUGUUACUUGAGCUCACCAUAUUGUUUACUCAAUUACAUUCUUCUAUCAAAAUAGCAUAAAAGAAGUAAUAUUCUAAUAUUCUUGUACAAUAUCUUCUCCAAGGUGUAAUCAAUAAUGUCUGGCCAUUUAUUUA